AUGCGGCAGGAUUGGUGGCAAUCAAAUGCUGGCAGGGCACAGCAGAAGCGGGAAGGCAGGCGUUUAAGCGUCAAGGUGGUAUCAAAGCACCUUUUGGUUGAGAUUGCCCUGGCACUGGCAAACCUAAGGAGGAGGGCGAAGCGCGUGGACGAUUGGGCAGCUUAG